CUCAUCACGCAACCCCAGCACCAGUGUCUAGGGGUGAUGAAGACCGUUUAUCUGUGGUGGAGAUUUUUCUUCUUUUAGGAUUCAAUGAAACAAAGAAGGUGAAUAUAACAAUGGCCACAAAGAUCAGACUGUCCUGCAAUUUGACAAUUCUAACAACAAAAGAAUCUCCAACAAUUGGAACUUGGAAAAAAGAUGGCAAUGAGAUUGGUAAAGAGGAAGUUGUGUCAGGGCAGAAAGAGGCUUCCUUAUCUCACGAGUUUGAUUUUCAGAAUGGCAGUGAUGCUGGAAACUAUUCUUGUAUCUUUGACACACACCCAAAAUUGGAAGGCAGGUUUGAAGUUCAAAUUCCUCCUAUUUGGGCCACAAGUGUGAGUCUAACACGUUCAACUGGCGACCAAGUUAAUUUAACUUGCGGAAGUGGUCAGUAUGCUCCACUCAACUGGGUUUGGUCGAAGGAAGCCCAGAGCAGCAAAGUGAUACUAAGUAAUGAAACGGAAGACUUUUACAUCCAUAGUAAUGUCAACAAAUCAACACUUUCAAUAAAAAGUAUCAUAAUGGAUGACACAGCUUACUACCGCUGCAGUGCACACUAUGCAGUGGGGGACAGUACACUGCGGAUCUACCUGAAGGUCCACGGCCUAACUGCAGCUAUUAUCCCUUUCCUGUGUAUUGUUGCUGAGGUACUUGUGUUAGUUGUUGUCAUUCUGGCUUGUGAAAGAAAGAUGAAGCACAAGGAAGAACCCAUCGAAGAUGUAAUCUUUCCAAACAACUUGACCACAGAAGAUCUGCUUGAAUCCACUGAAAAUGGAGCCCGGCAUAGAAAUGUUUAACCUAGUUCCAUAAAACAUGGAAGAAAGCGAAAGUAUGUUGGAGCAUCUAUAUUUUGAUUAACACUAUCAUGGCUCAAAGGCAACCUGAAUCAUUACAGAAUGAAAUUAGGGAUAUCAGCAACUAAUGCUUGCUCUUCAUCUCCAUUAGAAAUAGAAUUCCAAUCUUGCUAUUAUCCAUACAACUACAGUUAUUGUAAUCUUCUUGGAUUGUGAUCACUGGAUUGUUUAAUUUGAAGCCAGCAGGUGUCUGGAAGAAUUGGCAGUAAAAUUAUUAGAUGGACAACAAAUGCAAGCUUAGUACCAGAAACCCUCCACACCAAUUAUUAACCGUCAUUACCAAAUUACAUGUCAUCAGAAUCUGAUGCAACUUAUUAAAAAUUGAGAACUGACUGGAAUUCAAUACUGGGCUACUGUAAUCUCUAUGGCUAGAUUGCUGUGACUUACUGUACCCUCUGUAAAUCACAGGACUUGAAUAUCAUCUAGUAACUGUAGUGUAGACAUACCUAAUCACUGAAAGGCAACUUGAUCCCCAUAUUAAUUCCUAGCAUUCCCAUGCCCGCUAAUAACUACUAAGCUUUUUUUGCUAACAACUGUUGGAUUGUGAUAUUCCAGUCACAAAUACUGGAGUUCAAGUCCUAUUAGAGAGCACACUUUUUAAAUAAAUAAGGUACACAAAAAAGCUGGAGAAACUCAGCGGGUGCAGCAGCACUAUGGAGCGAAGGAAAUAGGCAACGUUUCGGGCCGAAACCCUUCUUCAGACUUAUUUAUUUAAAUAAAUAUGAACUGGUACCCUUUAGUAACUGCAGGGAGAUUUUAUUCUCUAAUAACUAUCAUUCUCUUUAAGAAUCCACUGGUCAAAAUUAAAUCCAAAAGAAAAUCUGCUUUUCAAAUAACAGCCAAAUACUGAUUCUGUGAUAGACAACAAUGCUGGAGGAACUCAGCGGAUGAGGCAGCAUCUAUGGA